CUUUACGUGACUGAUUGCGAGAUGACGUAUGCGGAAGUGCCACUACCCUAUAAGGACACAGCUGAGAAGAAGCCCCCUAGCAAGAAGACGCAGGGUGAUUUAGCGGCACUAAGAAUAACAGCAACAAUGGAUCGAGUGAGGUCUGCGUUUAACAGCAUGAUUAAAAGUGAGCGGUACAGCAGGUUCACUCUGCAGCCGGGGGAGGAUGGAGAAAGACACGUUGAGGUCAAACUGUCUGAUGACGCCACAGAGGGCGAGGCAGGGGGUUCUCCGAGCUUCAGGCCAGCACCUCUGCAUCAAAGCCGGCGUACCAUUUGCUACCUGGUCCUGGGAACCCUGUUGCUAUUUCUUACCGGCUACCUGGUUGGCUACAUCAGCCACCGUAAACCUAAGGUGGAGCAGGAGAACUGUGUCACAGAGCUGGGCGUGGAAAAUCGACUGAAAACAAUGCCAACUGUUGUUGCACCAGCUCCUCAAGUUGAGCUGGACUGGAAGGACAUCACCCAACUCCUCACGCAGAAACUCACCAGCCAGGCCUUUGACAAAACUCUGAGGGACUUUGAUCUGCCCAGACGUUCAGCAGGAAGUGAGGAAGAUAUGAGUCUGGCAAAACGCGUCUUUGAAGAAUUCAGGAAAGUGGAGAUGAAUCCCUGGACUGACAUCCACUACGUUCAGCUGCAGAUGCCAGAUAGCAAGAGUCCAAACCGUGUCGUUUUUGGUUCAGAUGUCUUCGAGCCUACGGGGUAUCUGGCCUACAGUGCUCCUAUGAAAGUUGAGGGGAAGUUGGUGUAUGGCAACUACGGCCGUCAGGAGGAUCUGGAUGUUCUGCAGAAGAAGAACGUUGAGCUGAUAGGCAGUGUGUUGCUGCUCCGAACUGGAAAGAUCAGUUUUGCAGAGCAGGUGGAUAAUGCUGCCACAAAGGGGGCCUCUGCCGUUCUAAUCUACCCUGACAGUGAAGAUUUCACGUAUCUAGCGGACACAGCACUCUACGGACAUGUCCAUCUGGGUUCAGGCGACCCCUACACCCCUGGAUUCCCCUCCUUCAACCAUACCCAGUUCCCCCCUACUCAAUCGUCUGGCCUCCCCAAAAUCCCAGCCCAGACCAUCACCGCCAACAUGGCUUCAACUCUUCUACAGAAAAUCGGCGGCCCUGAAUCAGAUGCAAGCAGUGGUUUUAAAGGUGGCUUCAAGUCACUGGCUUACAGUCUGGGAGGCAGCAAGAACAUCACAGUCGAGGUGAACAACGUGCUGGUCAACAGGAAGAUCCCCAAUGUGUUUGGAGUCAUCAAAGGAUUCACUGAUCCUGAUCGCUACGUUGUACUGGGAGCUCAGAGAGACGCCUGGGGUGAAGGUUAUGCCAAAGCCACUGUUGGCACCUCCGUUCUGAUAGAGCUGGCCAAGGCUGUUCGCGAGAUGGUGGAGAACGAUGGGUUUAGGCCCAGAAGAAGCCUGGUGUUUGCAAGCUGGAGUGCUGGAGAGUACGGAAGUGUUGGUGCCACCGAGUGGUUGGAGGGUUAUAUGUCCUCUAUUGACAAAAGUGUUGUCGCCUACAUAAGCCUGGAUGGAGUGGUCAUGGGUCGUGGGAGCUUUAUGGCCUCAGCAAGUCCGCUGCUCUACAGCCUCCUCGAGAGCACGAUGAAAGAGGUGAAGAGUCCUCUUGGUUCUGGCACUGUGUACGAUCUGGUGGGAAAAAGUGACUGGAAGGCCAAAGCACUGAGGCCGAUGUCAAUGGACGACCCUGCCUAUCCCUUCCUGGCCUUCUCUGGAAUUCCCUCCAUCUCUUUCCACUUCAUCUCUACCAAUAUUGAAGCCUACCCUUACUACGGCACCAACCUGGACAACAUGGAUCACCUGAAUUACCAAACAAAUCAUCGCACCAGUGAAAUGACAACGGUGGCGGCGCAGUUUGCUGGCCAGAUGGCUCUGCGACUGGUCCACAACCACCUGCUCAGCCUGGAUGUGAGCCAAUACAGCAGCAUCAUCUACAAGGAUGUGGUCCAGGUCAACAGACACAUCAACCAGCUCUCACAGUCUGGUCAGCUGAAGGAAGUGACUCCCACCUGGCUAAACCAAGCACGAGGCUCCUUCCAGCGAGCUGCUGACAGCAUCAACAGUGCCAUCGAUAACACGGACUUAAACGACAAGGAGGCCUGUCGGAUCCUCAAUGACAGGAUCAUGAGGAUUGAGCACACCCUCCUCUCUCCGUACGUGUCCCCCAUUGAGACUCCGUUCCGUCACCUCCUGCUGGGUCGGGGCUCCCACACUUUGGCAUCCAUCGCCAAGACCACCGACAGGGAUCAGCUCCACACCCAGCUGGCCCUGGCCACCUGGAGCCUGCAGGGAUGUGCCGAUGCCAUGGUGGGCAACAUCUGGGACAUCGACAACGAAAUCUAAAGAAGGCGGUCGGGGGAGUUGUGAGCGUUGGUUUGUCGUGUGUGUUGUUGAAAUUAAAGUUAAGGUAGAGCAGAGGUAGGAGCUCCUAUAUCAGCACUUAAGCACAAGCUGUCAAUCAGAGGUCUAAGCCCCACCCUUUAACAACAAGCUUAUAAUCAAUUUUUUGGGGGUCUUAAUCCCACAAAGAUCCAGAAUGAGAUAGAAAAGUUAAACUGUGAACCAAAUACUUGAAGAAAUUAAACGCUAUUGACAAAUCUGCCUCCUCUCCAACACAUCGGACCAGUCAAAGCCUUUUGCUGUGACCUCCCCAUCAAAACACUGAGAAACCUUAUUUAUACUAUACGUUUUUUGGGUUUUUUUGUUGUUGUUUUUUAUCAGUGGCAGUGCCCACUAUAAAUGUAUUGUUUGUCUUUUUAUACGACGUUAUCGGAAGCAGUGCCUUCCAUAAUUAUGACGGUUAUACUGUCUUAUCCUCCGGCAGCAUCUGCUACAGAAAAUGACUCCUCAACUGUUGCUGACAAAAUGGAGCCCCUGAUAAAGUUAGGAUGUUUGUUUUAUGGCUUUCAUUUCUUCCUUUUAUAUGGAUUCCAGUCGAAAUGGUUAUUUUUCUAAAAUGACUUCAUGACAAAGUGUUGUACAUCAGUGGCACUUCACUCAAAAUGGUUAUUUUAAAAAGCGUUUAAAAGGGAGAAAUGAAGGGUAAAAAAGAGUUUUUCCUGAUAUUGUGAGUUAGUCUAAUUUUUGGCAGACAAAUUUAAAAAAUAAGAGCAGAGACUAAACUGAAACUGUCUUGAUAUUGGGAAAUUUGUAUUUAUAUACCACAAGCCCAGAGAUAAAUUUAACUGCUUGACUGGAUUUGUUCUGCGCUUGAUGGCAGGGUGAAUGCUAAAUUUAAAAAAGAAAAAGCUCAGAAAGCCACCCAGAAACAAACAAAUAAACAAACACAAAACAGUAUCAAUCCCCCCCUUUUUUUUUUUUUUUUUUUUUUUUUUUUUUUUUUUUUUAGCGCAACAACUGCGUUGAUUGGUUCCAUAAUUUGAAAGAAAGCCAUUUAUGUUGCACAGUCUACUUUGGAGCAGUUAAUAAUAUGUAAAAGUUAUCGGGAGCAGUGCCUUCCAUAAUUAAAACCCAUUAUCGGGAGCAGUGCCUUCCAUAAUGAUGAGCAGUGAUGGUAGUUUUUGCCUACCUGUGUGUUUUUUACAUGUGUAUUUAUCGGGAGCAGUGUCUCUCAUAUCUCACUUAAAGGGUGGAAUAACUUAUCGGGGACAGUGUUUCCCAGAGUUUUAUACUUGACAUAUUUAUUUGUUUUUUUGGUCUUUAUUUUUGGAUUGUGUGUGUGUGUGUGUGUGUGUGUGUGUGUAGGCACAGUCCUCCUGUGUGUUUGUGCUUUGGAUUUUUUUCCAUUUUUGCUCAGAUUUCUGUGUCAUGCUGUGACCUUCCUGUUUCUGGUCUGUUGGGCUCGUUGCCUCCAAACGACUCGUGUGUUUCUUGUGUUUCUUGACUUUGAAAACACCACAGAUACUGUUCCAACAUAUGAAAUCACUCUAUAAGCCACAACUCUUUGCAUGUGUUUCAAUCACAUAUUUCCUCUUCACUGCAUGUUGCUGUAUUGCUUUACUGAGGUGUAGCUCAACAGACUUUAACCAUAUUACAAAUGUUCAAAUUAGGGGUCAACCAAUAUGUUUGUUUUUUUUUGGGUUUUUUUUUGAUACAAAACAAAAUGUUUGUAUCAAAGCUGCUGAUUUUAUUUGACCAUUUUCUUCCCAUAAAAGUUAGUUUGUGGUUUUCCCAGAAUAUUGUCACACCUUUGAAACAGCAUUAAGAGGAAUACAAGGCAGAAAAAAUUAUAUUAAACUAAAGAUAAAUAACUGUAAUUGUGCCCAGAACUUAUUGAACCUGAAUACAAUUGUUAGUAAGUAAACAUGUUAAAACAAAAGUAUCAGUCAGUCAUCCCCUUUGAAACAUAUUAGCUCCAUUAAAAUCCACUUUCUUUAUUUUAACAUACACUCAAGAGCAAAUAACGUGUCAGUGUUUCAUUAUUCAGAUUAUUACAUGUUUGAAUACAUUUGUUUGUUUCCUCGUGUCGCUUCUGUUGAGUGUUGUAGUGUUAAAGUCUGCUUUUACGAUCCUACAUCUGUCACAAGAAUUAAAAGUAAGGUAAUUUAAUCGGGUGAUUGGGAAAUGGAUUUUUCCGCUGACUGUGUAACUAAAAUACUGUAUGCUACGUUGAAAUACUGUUUCAAAACCUGUUCAGUAUAAUUUAUGCACUUGAAAAGCUCUUGAACUGUUUCUGUGAUCUCCAUGUUCAGUAGAAAAGUGUAAUAAACCUUUUUGGCUUACAGCAUCCAGUAAA